GGAGGGCCCCUGAGUGAGUUUGGGCUCGGCAUCGCGACGCCUCCGCCGCAAAACCCUACCGGACAGUCGCCAUGGCCUCCGCCCGCGCCGCCCUCCUCCUGCGGCGCCAGUGCCUCGGCGCCGCCGCGGCCAACCCGUACCUCUUCUCCGGUCAUGGCCUCCGCUACCGCAAGCUCGAGGUCAUCCUCACCACGACGAUUGAUAAGCUGGGGAAAGCAGGGGAGGUGGUGAAGGUGGCGCCUGGCCACUUCCGCAACCACCUUAUGCCUAAGAUGCUCGCUGUCCCAAACAUGGACAAAUUCGCCAUACUCAUCCGAGAGCAGCGCAAGCUCUAUCAACGUGAAGAGGAGGUGGUGAAAGAAGUCACAAAAGAAGAUGAUGAUGCUCGGCUCCAGGAAGAGAGACUGAAGCAGUACCAGACAGCAGCAAAGCGGCUAGAUAAUGCACUCUUGGUGUUGAGGCGGUUUAUCUCGACUGGAACCGAGCUGCGCACUCCUGUAACGAAAGAUGAAAUUGUCUCCGAGGUGGCAAGGCAACUCAACAUCAACAUCCACCCGGACAAUCUGCAUCUGUCGUCACCUUUGUCGUCCCUUGGUGAAUUUGAGCUGCCCCUGCGCUUACCGCAGGACAUACCACGCCCAGAAGGCAAGCUACAAUGGACUCUGAAUGUCAAGAUCAGGAGGAAAUAGUGCAGUAAUUGGGGAAAUUUAAUUCACCACCCGAGCCCUUCUAGCUUUCAGAUCCAGGGACCUGUGGAAUAGGUUUUCAGAUCAAAUGUUUUGCUGAUCAGAUAUAUCUGAUUUGCAAGCUUCCUUCCUGGCUUUAUUUUUGCUGUUUGAACUUCUUGCCCGUCUUUGGACAGGAUGCCAUCAAUGGCGAUGUGAUUGUUAGAAAAUGUAGCGGGAAGUGUUGAAUAAUUUGUUUGCAAUAGGACAGGGCAAAUCUUAUAUUGUUGUUGUUGACUUGUUUAGUGUCCCCAAUCACAACGGGAGUGUGGCUGAUAAAAGGCGAGGAACCAUAUCAGGAGGUUGUGGUAGCAGUGGAUAGGAUAGGGGUUGUUAUGCAACACGGCCAUUUGAUCGAAUUUAUUUGAUGAAAGUAAAGAUGAAGUUUGACAUCAAA